ACCAGAGAGUCAUGAAGAGAUUCCCUCCAAGCAGCAGGAGUGGAGCUCCAAUGUGGGACAGAAGGAGCUACAGGCCCCCUCCCACAUUAAAGAGGAAGAGGAGGAACUGUGGAAGCAGCUUCAAAGGUUGGUGGAGGAUAAUGAUGAAGAUGAAGCUCAGUCCUUACAGCUUCAUCACAGUCAAAGUGAGGAGAACAGAGGGGUGGAGCUUGUAAGUCAACACAUCACAGAAGCUGAUGGAGAGCAUUGUGAAGAUAUAAAGUCGGAACCAGACAGCAUCUUUGCUCCACUGUCAGACAUGGACCACAUGAUGUCAGACUCUUCUGAUCACAGUGACCACAUUCAAGAACCUUUGGAGAGUAAAAAUGACUCUAAAGGUGAUACGAGACAUCACACUAACAACAAAGACUCUGACUGCUCUGAAUGUGGGAAAUCAUUUAGACUGAAGAGUGAUUUUACAAGACACAUGAGAAUAGAUACUGGAGAGAAACCUUUUACUUGCUCUGUUUGUAAGAAAAGUUUCUCCACAAAGCAACACAUGACCACACACAUGAGAACACACACCGGAGAGAAACCUUUUACUUGCUCUGUUUGUAAGAAGAGUUUCUCCGUUAAGCCUGCCAUGACCAGACACAUGAGAACACACACUGGAGAGAAACUUUUUACUUGCUCUCUUUGUAAGAAGAAUUUCUCCAGAAAGUCUAACAUGACCGAACACAUGAGAACACAUACUGGAGAGAAACCUUUUACUUGCUCUGUUUGUAAGAAGCGUUUCUCCACAAAGCAGCAUAUGAUCACACACAUGCAAACACAUACUGGAGAGAAACCUUUUACUUGCUCUGUUUGUAAUAAGUGUUUUUCCAGAAACCCUGACAUCUCCAUACACAUGAGAACACACACUGGAGAGAAACCUUUUACUUGCUCUGUUUGUCAGAAGAGUUUCUCCACAAAGUCUAACAUGACCUCACACAUGAGAACACAUACUGGAGAGAAACCUUUUACUUGCUCUGUUUGUAAGAAGACUUUCUCCACAAAGCCUAAGAUGUCCGCACACAUGAGAACACAUACUGGCGAGAAACCUUUUACUUGCCCUGUUUGUAAGAAGCAUUUUUCCACAAAGCUUGUCAUGACCAGACACAUGAGAACACACACUGGAGAGAAACCAUUUAGUUGCACUGUGUGUGUUAAGAUGUUCCGGCAUAAGUGUCAGGACAGUAAACACAAGUGUGUAACAGUCAUGAAAGCUGCAGGGAUUUAAAAACACUUAGUGAUUGUGCUAAAUGUACUUUAAAAACACAGCAUGUUUAAUAUGAAUGUAUAUUUGAUGUUGUAUGUAGUGCCUCUCAUCUUCUACUGUUAAAUUUAAAGGCCUACUGAAAGCCACUACUACCGACCUCGCAGUCUGAUAGUUUACAUAUCAAUGAUGAAAUAUUAACAUUGCAACACAUGCCAAUACGGCCUUUUUAGUUUACUAAAUUGCAAUUUGAAAGGAGAACAUUAUCACCAGACAUAUGUAAGAGUCAAUAUAUACCUUGAUAUUGCAGAAAAAAGCCCAUAUGUUUUUUUAACGGAUUUCCGAACUCUAAAAGGGUGAAUUUGGCGAUUUAAACGCCUUUCAAUUGUUCGCUGUCGGAGCGAUGACCUUUCACCUGUGACGUUACAACGGGAAGCAAUCCACUAUUUUCUCAAACACAUUACACACACAAGUCAAAUCAGCUCUGUUAUUUUUUUUUUUUUUACUACUGUUUUCCGUCCCUUGGAGACAUCAUGCCUCGUCGGUGUGUUGUCGGAGGGUGUAACAACACGAUCAGGGACGGAUUCAAGUUGACUUACGUGGCGUGUGCAUCGAUUAGCAUGGCAUGCUAAUCGAUGCUACCAUGCUAUUUAGGCUAGCUGUAUGUACAUAUUGCAUCGUUAUGCCUCAUUUGUAGCUAUAUUUGCAUCCAGCCUUUCCCUCCACCCACAUUUAAUGCCAAACAAACACAUACCAAUUGACGGAUUCAAGUACACCAGUGGUCAAAAGAUGCGAAAGUCCCUUGUUUGUUCUGCACAUUUUACCGGCGAUGCUAUGACAGACAUGGCACAGAGAUGUGUGGAUAUCCUGCGACACUCAAAGCAGAUGCAUUUCCAACGAUAAAGUCUACGAAAUCACAAAGGUGAGUUUUGUUGAUGUUAUUGACUUAUGUGCUAAUCAGACAUAUUUGGUCACGGCAUGACUGCCAGCUAAUCCAUGUUAACAUGCUAUUUAGGCUAGCUGUAUGUACAUUUGUAGCUAUAUUUGCCUCCAGCCUUUCCCUCCACCCACAUGUUAUGCCAAACAAACUUUUACCAAUCGAUGGAUUUAAGUUGCUCCAGUGGUCAAAAGAUGCAAUCGUUGGUUAGAAGGCGAUCGCCGAAUAGCUUCAAAAGCUAUUCGCUCAAUAGCUUCAGUUUCUUCUUCAAUUUCGCUUCCGCUAUCUGCCUCCACACUCCAACCAUCCGUUUCAAUACAUGCGUAAUCUGUUAAAUCACCUAAAUCGCUGAAAUCCACGUCUGAAUCCGAGCUAAUGUUGCUAUAUCUUGCUGUUCUAUCCACCAUGUUUGGUUGUAUUGGCGUCACUAUGUGACGUCACAGGAAAAUGGACGGUGGAUUUACAGAUAGCGAAAAUCAGGCUUUUUAAACCCUUUUUUGGGAUAUUCCAUGAUUGGUAAAAUUUUGAAAAAAACUUCGAAAAAUAAAAUAAGCCACUGUGAACUGAUUUUUAUUGGUUUCAACCCUUCUGAAAUUGUGAUAAUGUUACCCUUUAAAUUUCCCUUGAGUUUCUUGUUAAAGGGGAACAUUAUCACUAUUUCAAAAGGGUUAAAAACAAUAAAAAUUAGUUCCCAGUGGCAUGUUGUAUUUUUUGAAUUUUUUUUCAAAAUUUUGCCGGUCUCCGAAUAUCCCUAAAAAAAGCUUCAAAGUGCUUGAUUUUUGCUAUUCGCGAUGCCACUGUCCAUUUCCCUGUGACG